UGUGUUGUGAAGCCGUGGCCGCCCGGUCCCUCCUUGUCUUUUUCGUCAAAAACCACCAUCAAAAUUUCCCAAUUCCACUUCUCUCUCUCUCUCUCUCUGUGAAGCUCUUUCGCCAUUUGUAGAAGAAAAAGCUAUGACCAGCUCUUCAGCCACCUCUCGCAAGGCUUUGAGUAAGAUUGCUUGCAAUCGGCUUCAGAAAGAGCUGGUUGAGUGGCAGGUCAAUCCUCCCACCGGUUUCAAACACAAGGUCACCGAUAAUCUCCAAAGAUGGGUGAUCGAAGUCAAUGGAGCUCCGGGAACUCUGUAUGCGAAUGAGACCUACCAGCUUCAAGUCGAUUUUCCUGAGCAUUACCCAAUGGAAGCCCCUCAGGUUAUAUUUCUGCAUCCAGCUCCCCUGCAUCCUCAUAUUUAUAGCAACGGUCAUAUUUGUUUAGAUAUUUUGUACGAUUCAUGGUCACCAGCGAUGACUGUUAGUUCCAUCUGUAUUAGCAUUCUCUCCAUGCUGUCAAGCUCGACUGUUAAGCAACGCCCUGAAGAUAAUGACCGCUAUGUAAAGAACUGUAGAAAUGGCAGAUCUCCAAAAGAGACGAGGUGGUGGUUCCAUGAUGAUAAAGUGUAAUAAGCAUGUCAUCUUCAUCAUUGGCUGUUCAAGAAGAUAGAAUAGUUGGCUUACCUUUGUUAAGGAACAUGAACACAAAGGAAGGAAAAUAUGAUUCUGAAAAGCUGGGUAUUUAGUCCCAAAUGCUCAAUAACUCGUGUAAAUUGUCAUUGCCUGGUACUUGUAAAGGAAGAGGAACAAUUUCUGUCUCUUAAGUCCUUUGUAAGGAACAAAUUAGGUGAGAGGUACUCAGAACUUUCUAUAAGCGCAUAUAUAUAUAUUAUAUCCCUUAAACUC